AUGGCCGGGGCGGCAACAAGCAUGGAGGAAAGGGCAACGGCAGGAGCAGAAGAAAGGGGCGACGGCGAGAGUGGAGAUGUACAAAAACAAAACAACCAUUUUAAUGGUAAUUGUGGCAGCAAAAGUUUAAAGUUCAGUCAUAUCACCCUGAACCACCAUCAUCUCGGCAAUGUAAAGCUUGAGUAUUGUGUGAAGCUGUGGAGGGAGGGAUUCUUGGUAUACUUCGGUGUGAGUACGCGUAACUAUAAGCCAAUUGUACCUGGAAUCACCAACUUGAUACAAAGGAAUCUCUGGUCGAACCUUUGCUCCAGAAAGGCGGCCGUUUCAACAACUUGA